AUGGCUGACCGUAAAAAACUAUCUGGUGCUGAGUACAGGAAAAAUAGAUUAAAAAAAGAGAAGGAGCUAAUCAAGUUAAAAGGCACUUUUACAAAGUACUUAGUACCACCCACUUCAAAUGUAAUGGAAAAAAAUAAGAAUGCAGAAAUUCCUAUUUAUGAAACUUCCCAGAAUGAAGUUAUCGUUACAACUAUUUCAGAAUCUUCGAUACUAAAACACCCAUCAAUAAAUUUAAUAGCAAAUAAUAGCGUUACUAAUCCUUCCUACGAAAGUUCUUUAACGAUUUUAACAAAAACACACUCAUCGACUUCAACAAACUCAAACAAGAAACUAGAACCUGACUUUCAAUUUGAUUUUAACGAUCCUGGUACAUGGCCAAAAUAUCUAUCUGAUACUGAUAGGUGUUACAUUACUAAAAUGAGGAUUGACAGCAACUAUACGCCGGACUUUUCAAAAAGUGAAAGAGAUGGACGAACUCUAACUAAAGAUUGGUUUUAUAAAGUUUUAAAAAAUGGAUCGAAGGUGAAACGAUCUUUUUUAGCUUACAGUGAGACUAAAAAUUCUUUAUACUGCAUUUCUUGCAGAAUGUUUUCUCAUAUGUUUUCACAUGAGUCUAAAAUGUCAUCCUUAGCCAAGGAAGAAGGAUUAGUAAAUUGGAAAAAACUAAGUGACAAAAUACCAGAACAUGAGAAUUCUUCCAAUCAUAAACAUUACUUUUGUACGUGGAAAUCUUUAGAAACAUCUCUCGGAAUGGGAGGCAUAGACAAAGAACUCCAAGACGCAAUUCAAAAAGAAGAAACUCACUGGAAAGAAGUUUUACACUGUAUUGUUGAUGCAAUUUUAUAUUUAGCAAAGCAAGGGAGUCUUUUUAGAGGAACAAACGAAAGGUGUGAUUUUGAAAAUCCUAGCAGUGGAAAAUUUCUUAACACAAUAGCUCUUUUGUCCCACUACAAUGUUCCACUUCAAAAACAUAUUGAACGUCAUAAGAAAGGGCAGAUCAGUUAUUUUUCAUCGGAUAUUCAAGACGAAUUUCUUGAUAUAAUUGCUGACAAAAUAAGACAAGAUAUUAUUCAAAAUGUAAAAAAAGCUAGAAACUGA